AAAGCGCACGCUUACAAGGCAAUAAUACGCAACAGCAACUUACAUCGUCUUCUCCUCCCUCUGUUCCCAGCGACAGUACUGGCGAGCUCAUCCUUAUUUUUUCGCUUUCAGAUAUUGUUGAAGGAGUUCUGUUCUGUCAUUUUCAGUAGGGAGCUGAGCAAGCUCAUGUAGGUGAUUUGAGCCGAAGAGGACAAGGUGGACGAAUUACACGUUUCCUCAACUACAGUGCUCGACUUUCCUCCUUCAUUUCACUGACACACCCGGGGGCGACCUUAGGGUAAACACCAGGAGGGACGAUUCACACGCGUCUCGGAGGGUACCCCAAACGAUGGAAACAAAUCCAAUCCCGGUGGUGACCGUCCAAACGGCCCCUUACGAUGACCAGAGACCUGGCACCAGCGGUCUAAGGAGGAAGACCACGGUCUUCGAAAGUAAGAGAAAUUACUUGCAGAACUACAUCCAGAGCGUGCUGUCCUCCAUCGACCUGCGAGACCGCCAGGGCUGCACUAUGGUGGUGGGCAGCGACGGCAGGUACUUCAGUCGCACCGCUAUCGAGGUCAUCGUUCAGAUGGCAGCGGCGAAUGGGAUCGGCCGACUGGUCAUUGGCCACAAUGGGAUCCUGUCCACUCCAGCAGUGUCGUGUAUCAUCCGGAAGAUCAAAGCCAUUGGGGGCAUCAUCCUCACAGCCAGUCACAGUCCAGGGGGGCCAGCCGGGGACUUUGGAAUCAAAUUUAAUGUGGCCAACGGAGGCCCAUCCCCAGACACUGUCACGGACAAGAUUUACCAGGUCAGCCGUACACUGGAGGAGUAUGCCAUCUGCCCUGACCUUCGGAUCGACCUGUCCAGGCUGGGCCGGCAGGACUUUGACCUGGAGAACAAGUUCAAACCUUUCAGAGUGGAGAUCGUGGACUCGGUGGAGGUGUACCUGAACAUGCUGCGCGGGAUCUUUGAUUUCAAUGCUAUCAAGGGCCUGCUGACUGGUCCAAAUCAGCUCAAAAUCCGGAUAGAUGCAAUGAAUGGAGUGAUGGGGCCCUAUGUCAGGAGGAUCCUCUGUGAUGAGCUGGGAGCUCCUGCCAACUCAGCUGUCAACUGCGUCCCCCUGGAGGACUUCGGGGGCCAGCGCCCAAACCCCACCCUGACCUAUGCCUCCUCUCUGGUGGAGUCCAUGAAGGGCGGGGACUUUGGCCUUGGCGCCGCCUUCGAUGCGGAUGGGGAUCGCUACAUGAUUCUGGGUCAGAACGGAUUCUUUGUGAACCCAUCGGACUCCGUAGCUGUGAUGGCGGCUAAUCUCUCCUGCAUCCCCUACUUCAGACAGAUGGGGCUCCGUGGCUUUGCUCGCAGCAUGCCCACCAGCACCGCCCUCGACAGGGUGGCUAAAGCCCUGAAGGUGGCGCUGUAUGAGACACCCACUGGCUGGAGGUUCUUCGGGAAUCUGAUGGACUCUGGGAGAUGUUCUCUGUGUGGCGAGGAGAGCUUUGGAACAGGCUCAGACCACAUCCGUGAGAAGGAUGGGCUGUGGUCAGUGCUGGUCUGGCUGUCCAUAAUGGCCGCCCGCAAACAGGGUGUGGAGGAAAUUGUGAAGGACCACUGGGCCAAGCUGGGCCGGAAUUACUUCUGCCGGUUUGAUUACGAGGGAGUCGAUCCCAGAGCUGCCUUCUACAUGAUGAGAGACCUAGAGGCGGUGAUUUCAGACAAGGCUUUCACCAGUCAGAAGUUCGCUGUGGGCAACAACGUCUACAGCGUGGAAAAAGCAGACAACUUUGAAUACAUCGACCCAGUGGACGGAACUGUAGCACGCAAUCAGGGUUUGCGUAUCAUCUUCUCGGAUGCGUCGAGGCUGAUCUUCCGGCUGAGCGGGACCGGCAGCGGAACUGGAGCCACCAUCCGGAUCUACGCCGAGAGCUAUGAGAGAGACCCUGAGAGACAGAACCGAGAAACACAGGCGGUGCUGGGCCCCCUCAUUGCCAUUGCGCUGAAGAUCUCAGACAUCCACGAACGGACAGGACGCCGAGGCCCCACCGUCAUUACCUGAGCUUCCCUGACGAUUCACACUCGGGGCCAAAAAAGAGACAUUUUUUCACAAGGAUCCAGUCUUCACCUCCUCUUCUUCAUCCCUCUAUCCCAUCCUCCACACUGUCUACCCCACUCCAUGUGACACCGCUCCACUCUCCCAGCUAAUGCGCUACACAUUUACAAUGUUUCUGUAAUGCCUGUGAAGCGUUGCCUUCUCACAGUAAGGUGGUGAGAAUAUUACAGUGUUGGCUGGUCUCUCUCUGUUCUUCCUCUGACUUCUCUGUCUGUAUUACCCCUUGCUGGCUGCAACCUUUUGACCUUUGAAAAAUGACUUAGGUGCAAGUAUAUUCUCUGAACUACAGGCAAUACAUAAAGUGCUAUGUUUAAAAAGAUGUUUACGAAUGUGUACCAAAGAGGGAAAAUCUAUUAUAGGAGUGACAGUACUCCUACAUACUCGGACAUAGAUGAAAAAAAUGUUUUAGGAUAUGUUGAAAUAUGUUGAUUUCUC